AUGGCUCGUUAUAAUAACAUCCUCAUAUUAAUGCUUAUUGCUUUGUCAUUUUCAUGGCUCGAUGUUAGUUUAGCUGCUCGCAACAUUUUGCAAAUUCCUUUCAUGCCUAGUUUACCAACAUUGCCAAUCUCACAACCGUCUUUGCCGGAUAUCGGAAUUCCUAGCCUACAAUCAAUGCUUGACGGAAAGUUACCGGCGAUUCCAAUGUUCGGAACCGGCUUGCCUACGUUUAGUGUGCCCUCACUUCCGACUAUCCCCACCCUAUUCCCUGCAUUGUCUAAUAAACCCGAAGUUCACUCUGUCCCUUCAACCCUACCUCCCAUCCCCUCUCUCUCUUGA